AGGAGUUCCCAGACGCAGAGAUUCACGUCUACGAACGCAGCGAGCAUGUGGGCGGACGAGCAAGGGUCUUCCAGCAUGGGAAACAUUCCUAUGAGGCCGGUGCUUCCAUUAUUCAUGAGAAGAAUCAGUACUUGUGGGACUUCGCGGAUGAAUUUCAACUGCAGAAGUUGAGCCCACCCGCCAUGCGCUUGUGGCUCCACAAUGGGAGAAGCAAAGUCUUCGAGGCCAGUGAGACGAAGUUUAUCGCGGUAUUGCAGCUUCUUUGGAGAUACGGCUGGGGGCCUUUCAAGAUGGACCAGUGGGUUCAAGGUUUCCUCAGGAAAUUUGAAGCCAUCUACACCUUGCAAGAGGAGUCGAAAGCCUUCACAUCUCCAAGACGCCUUUUAGAGGCCUGCGACCGCGCCUUCCCUCCGAUGCUCUCCGAGACCCUGAGAGAGCGCCUCGAGAGCGAUGGCUUCGGGCAGCAGAUGGUGGAGGAGUUGGUGGAAGGCAUGGUCAGGAUCAACUAUGGUCAGGGCCUGGAUGUAGGUGCCUUUGUGGGAGCUGUCGCCCUCUGUGGUUUCGUAGGACCGCUAUGGGCGGUGAAGGGCGGCAAUCACUUGUUGGCCGAGAAGUUGUUGAAGUCCGCCAGUGCCAAGUUGAUCCACGCGAAGGUGCAAGAGAUUCGGGCAGCAGAUGACCGCUACAGCAUUCGGGCACACUCCAGGGACAAAGAGCUUCUGGAGGACUACGACCUGGUGUUCCUAGCAGCUAUUCAGACUCCUGGCGACAUUCAAAUCACCCCGGCCGACAAGGCGUCCCAGAUUGGCAGGAGUUAUCAGCGCGUCUUCGCGAGUUUCUACAGCUCGCCUCCCAGACUGGGCAAAGAUCCUGCUCCUGUCAUCUUGAGCACAUCUCAGGAGGCAGAGUUCAACAGCGUCGGAGAAUACGACAGCACGACGGGUGAUGACUUUGUGCUGUGGAAGGCCUUCAGCAAGGCACCAUUGGAUCUGGAGAAGCCGGAUGCCUUGUUUCCCAAGGACUCGCACUGCGAAACCUUCGCAUGGUGGGCCUAUCCUGUCUAUGAGACGGAUGAGCGGAAGCGAGACAUCCCCUUCUGUUUGGAUGGUCGUGGCCUCUUCUACUGCAACGCCAUCGAGGGCACAGCGAGUGCUAUGGAGAUGGCGGUGAUCGGAGCCAAGAACUGUGUUCUUCUGGCCAGCAACAGGCUGAAAGGCCGAACCGCAGACAUCGACAGCAUCGACAGCGGCGGGGCAAAGGGCCCUCGAUCAAAGCUUUGAUUCUGUGAAGGCUUCAUGAUGGUUUGUUAGUGAUGAACAGAUGUGUGGUUGUCUGAAAAUGCGGGAUAUCCA